AUGUUUGAUACCCCACGAGUGGCCAAUUUAUAUAACGAGCUCAUGCUGCUAAAGGCUGUUGAACUCAAGGGCUUGAUCCGUGAUCUCAGGUUACGAUUUGGCAAUGGCGUCCGUCCUGCUACUCGCAAGGCCGAUAUGUGCGAUAAUAUUACAGCUUUUUUGUUGGCUCAGACAAACGUUCAACCUAUUGUUGAUGUUAUCAAUGGUUAUAUGCCAUCCGGUCAUCAUUUUAUCGUUGAUGAACGCAAUUUUGUCAUGCCAGCACGCCGAGGACCCUUUGCUAGUACCAGAACAGCCAUCCCUCAAGCACAUUCAAGCGUUCCUACUGCUACUCCUGCCCCCACUGCUUCUGCUGCUUCUGCUGCUGCUGCUGCGACAACAUCAAUGAUCACCAAUCCAAGUUUCAAAUCGACUCCAUUUUAUUCACCCGUUCAACGAUUGGCUGGACCAGUUAUUUGCCCUAUUGCUACACAAACGUGUUCCAUGAGGACACUAGUAUUUACGUUGGAUAUUGGCAAUUUGAAUGAUCAUGAAGUACGCGUGUUCUGUGCGGCAGCCAUGAGUCCAGCCCCGUCCCUCAUUGAAUUCCCUCAAGUGGCAGAGAUACAUAUCAACGGCACCACGGGUAAUAUUACUGCACAACAAUUGAGAGGGAUUAAGAAUACACCAGGAACGGUCCAUGCGGCCAAUGUCACACGCUGGAUGAAUCAAGGCUCGAAUCAAGUUCAGCUGAUCUAUGCAAAGACUGAAAAGCAAUAUGUGGCAACGGCCGAGCUUGUAAAAGUACAUCCUGUGGAAGAGUUGGUUCAGCAAAUGAUUGAGCAUCGAUCAGUAUCCAAAGAUGACAUCUUGGCAAGUUUUCGAGAACAACAAGCCAAUGCCGAUAUACAACUUCAAUUCGAGACUCUUUCUCUCAAAUGCCCUCUCUCAUGUUCACGUAUCACUUUACCAUGUCGUUCAAGGAAUUGUCGUCAUGCACAGUGCUUUGAUGGUGUAGCAUACAUGAGAAUGAACGAGCAGACGCCCACUUGGAAAUGCCCCGUUUGCAAUUGCCCAAUACCAUAUGAAGAUUUGAUUGUGGAUGGUUUCUUUGCGGAUCUUUUGGCCAAUUCUUCUGAUAGCAUUCAAAGCGUUCGUAUCAAUCCAAGUGGUGAAUUACAACAUGAAUUUACAGUAAGGGAGGAAGAGUCAGAUGGCGACGCAUACGAAGAUGAGCAAGAACAACCAUCAUCAUCAUCAGCACCAGCUUUAUCAUCAUCGGGUGGUGGUCCUACGGAACAAUCCUUACCUACGACUACAACUACUACAACUACAACUACCACACCUACUAUCCCUUCCAAUAAUAACAGCAACAGACCGGUCGUCAUGGUGGAUUUGACCUUGAGUGAUCACGAAUAG